CAAUGUAAAUAAACUAAAUGAAAGCGGCUGCACUUUGAUGAUGAUAUGAAGGGGUUAAUAGCGUGACAUUUUCUGCACUCGCCCCUGGGAAUGCGAAGCAAAGAUCCUCCUAUUUUACGUCAGGAGGUUGGAUGGAGUCAGGGCUCGGGACGUGGGAUGAAAAGCGAGUGAACCAUUUGCUCCGGGGUUAGCUACGCUGAGAGAAUUGAUCGUCGAGGAGCCACCGAGCUCGGCGGCAACGCAGGCAAAAGCAUCCCCUGUCUCUGCGGCGUCCAUGUGCGCUCCCUCCAGCCAUGGGACAACUUCAAGGCAUCGAGCUCAAGUCCGCCGCUUCGAUCAACUCAUCUCUCGGAUAGCGACGCCCGGGACCAUUCAGGCACGGUGCAGGUAGCGAGGCACGGCGCCGGGCGGCGGGGGGGAGGAGGGAGGGCGGAUAACGCCUGGAAGACAAGGGGUAAGAUCUCAACCUCCCUUAGAUACCACCAGAAGGGGCAAGAGGUCAUUGGGAGGCAAACCGCGGGUCGGGGCCAUACUGUUGGAACAUAAGUAGGAGGCAAUUUGGACCCAACUUCAACUCUCCCACUCUUCCCAUCCCCUGAACGAGGAUUUUGGAGAGUCCUUGGACGGAGAUACUAACCAUCUCUGGCAUCUCCAGCUGAAGUCAUAAGGAGACCUCUUGCCGCCCGCUCUGCCCCUUGAGAACCCCCAGGACUAUGCUGCCAGAAUGCUGGCGAGGAAAAGCAUCAUCCCCGAGGAGUAUCUCCUGACCCGGAUCGCCGCCGAGAACGUCCGACAACCGCGCUACAUCGUCCGGCCUCGCCAACCCCGCUUCAUCGACAAGAACGGGGCUUGCAACGCCGCCCACAAGAACAUCCAGGAGCAAGGGCGCUUCCUGCAGGAUGUCUUCACCACGCUGGUCGACCUGAAGUGGAGAUACACCCUCUUCGUCUUCACCAUGUCCUUCAUCUGCAGUUGGCUGCUCUUCGCCAUGAUGUGGUGGCUGAUGGCCUUCGCUCACGGCGACCUGGACCACGCCUGGAGCUCGUCCUUCAAGCCGUGCGUGACCAAGGUGAGGUCCUUCACCUCGGCCUUCCUCUUCUCCAUCGAGGUGCAAGUCACCAUCGGCUUCGGCAGCAGGAUGGUGACGGAGGAAUGUGCCACGGCCAUCACCUUGCUCAUCACGCAGAACAUCUCGGGGCUGAUCAUCAACGCCGUCAUGCUGGGCUGCAUCUUCAUGAAGACGGCCCAGGCCCACCGGCGAGCCGAGACCCUGAUCUUCAGCCGCCACGCCGUGGUGGGCCUGAGGAACGGCAAACUCUGCUUCAUGUUCCGGGUGGGCGACCUGAGGAAGAGCAUGAUCAUCAGCGCCUCGGUGAGGAUGCAGGUGGUGAAGAAGACCACCACGGCCGAGGGCGAGGUCAUCCCCAUCCACCAGAUGGACAUCCUGGUGGACAACCCCAUCGACACCAACAGCAUCUUCCUGUUGGCGCCGCUCACCAUCUGCCAUGUCAUCGACAAGCGGAGCCUGCUCUACGAGAUCUCGGCCAGCGACUUGCAGAAGCAGAACCUGGAGGUCAUCGUGAUACUGGAAGGGGUGGUGGAGGCCACGGGCAUCACCACCCAGGCCAGGACCUCCUACAUCGCCGAGGAGAUCCUGUGGGGCUACCGCUUCGUGCCCAUCGUGACCGAGGAGGACGGCAUCUACUCGGUGGACUAUUCCAAGUUCGGCAAAAGGAUCAAAGUGGCCACUCCGCGUUGCACGGCCCGGGAGCUGGACGAGAAGCCGUCCAUCCUGAUCCAGGCCCUCCAGAGGAGCGAGCUGUCCCACCAGAACUCCCUGAGGAAGCGGAGCUCCAUGAGGAGGAACAACUCCAUGAGGAGGAACAACUCCUCAUUGGUGGUCCCGAAGGUCCAAUUCCUUACGCCCGCGAGCAACCUGCAAACUACUGACUCCGAGUUGAAUUGAUCCAACAUCAUCCUUGCAAGGACUGGCUGUUGAGAUGAGUUAUCCAUUUGUGGACCAAUAUAACCGUUUACACUAUUUGCCACUCCCGUUCAUAUGGAUUAAGUCCAAGCAUAAUUUGACCAAAGAACCCUUUGACAACGAAUCCGGAUCCGUCUAAUUGUCUUUGCCCUUCAAUAUUGAACGUGAGGUUGUUACAUCGAUGUAUCGGUAGCACAUUUUGUACUUAGCAACCGAUUUUGUUUACACUUUCUUCGCAUGGUUUAUUGAUACAGCAGCACUAUAGCGCGGGCAGGGACUUUAAUAGCCUUUGAUAGUUGAGAUGUGGUUGUUUUAAAAUUUCCAAUGAUCCUUCAGGUAAAGUUCCUCACAUAAUUAAUUAGUAGAAAUUGAUAGAAGCUUUCGCAUUGAAAAGAAAAAAAAAACAAUAAUCCUUAACUCUUGCCAUUACAAGUGUUUUUCUGAAGUAUGUGCUAGAGUAAUUGAAUAGAGCAUGGAAACAGGCCUUUGGCCCAACAUGUCCAUGUUGACCAAGUUACCUAACUAAACUUGUUCCAUUUUGUUGUCCAUAUUCCUAUAAAUCUUCCCAGUCCAAAUGUCUUUUAAAUAUUGUCGUUAUACCCGCCUCUGUCACAUCCACCACUCGGGUCCCUUCUCACCUUGAACCUAAGCCCAAAAUCCUGACACAGAAUGUUGUCUGUCCAUUCCUUCCACAAAUUAUGCCAGACCUGUUGAGUUACUCCAGCACUUUGUGUUUUGUUUAAACCUAUUCCCUCAAAUGUUCUACUCCCCGACUCUGGAGCAAGGUGUAGUAGCUAUUCAGUUUGUCAAUGCCCCUCGUGAUUGUAGACAUCUCAUUAGAAUAACCUACAACCUCCUAUGCUCCAGGCAGGGUAAAAUGACCCAGCAUAUCGAAAUUCAGUCCUGAGUUGGCUGUGUCACUUUCCCCUGGAUUACAGGUGCUUGGCCAGGUGUCCACCACUUUUUGUAAUCUCCUCUGUCCCUGUAAAAUGACCUCCUUCCUAUAGCAGGGCAACAAGAACUGCACAUAGCACUCCAAACGUGGCCUUACCAACACGAAGUCCCAAUUCCUAGUUUAGUUCAGUCUAGUCUAGUUUAGUGUAGUUUAUUGUCAUAUGUACACUACAGUGAAAAGCUUUUGUUGCAUACUAACUAGUCAGCAGAAAGACUAUACAUGAUUACAAUCAAGUCAUCCACAGUGUGCAGAUACAUGGUGAAGGGAAUAAUGUUUAGUGCAAGAUAAAGAUCAAAAAUGUCAGAUUAAAGAUAAUCUGAGGAUAUCCCGUGAGGUAGGUGGGAGGUCAGGAUCGCUCUCUAGUUGGUGAGAGGACAGUUCAGUUGCCUGAUAACAGCCGGGAAGAAACUGUCCCUGAAUCUGGAGGUAUGCGUUUCAUACUUCUGUACAAUCGAACCAUCCACGGAGUACAGGUACAUGAUGAAGGGGGUAAUGUGAAUAACAAUUAGUGGAAGAUAAAGUCCAGUAAAGUCCAAUUAAAGAUAGUCCGAGGAUCUCCAAUGAGGUAGAUGGUAGCUCAGGACUACUCUUUAGUUGUUGAUAGGAUGGUUCAGUUGCCUGAAAAUAUGGUAUUGCUUGUAUUCAAUAUCAUUACUGAUGAUGGCAAGCACAUCAAACACCUUCAUUAUCAUUCUGUCUACCUGUGUCGUGUUGCCACUUUCUCUCUCUUGUACAAGACACCCCAGAGCACUACCAUUUGGUGUGCAUGUCCUGACCGAGUUUGUCUUCCAAAAUGCAAACACCUCGUAUUUAUCUGAAUUAAAACUCCAUCUGCAAUUCCUCAGCCCAUUGGCACAGUUAGAGAGAGAGGGAGGGAAAGAGGGAGUCAGAGUUAUACAGCGUGGAAAUAGACCCUUCGGCCCAACUU